CAUUCAGUCCUCCAUCAUCAGUUAUGGUAGUUAGAUGCCAAUGCUUAUGUGGGUUUUUAACUGUGUAGUGAAUCAUCUCUUUGAUGAUCAAUUUCAAAGAGAUGAUUUAAUCGAUUGUUAAAACUUACUUGAGAAUUUAAAUAUCAAAUUGAAAAGCUACUCUAGAAACUCCAAUUGCUUAACAAAAUUUGGCCACUGUUUUUUAUUAUGGCUCUAUUGUACUACCAAAAUCAAGGGAACAUUGAUCUAAGUUUUAGUUCAUUGUGGGGGUUUGUUAAGGUGAGGAAGCAUGUGCAUAUAAAUUGCUAUAUUUACUGAUUGGAAGUAAUUUAUUAAACCACCAUAUAUGUGUUCAGUGGGAGUGAUUAUGAUUGAUGCAUGGCACAUUCUAAAUGAUAAGAAAGAAGAUGUAAUACAUCUUUGUUCUUUAAUAUUAUGUUUCCUUAAUAUGUCUUAGCUAAAAAGGAGUACUUGUAAACUAAGGUUGAUGUUGUGGGGAAGAUAUUCAAUUUAGGAACUCUUAAUUGCUUCUAGGAAGAUGCUAUCAACAAGCUCUGAUUGAUCAGAAAGGCCACUUGACAUUUUGCUUUGCUAAACCAUCCAAUUUUUCUUCAAUCUUGAGCCAAAUUUACAUACAACAGAAAUAUAAUUGAUAUUUCUACUCUGUUGAGGUGAUUUUAGCAUUUUUAAUAUAUCCAAUUCAGUUUUAUCUGUACAAAGACAAAAGCAGUGCAAACGAGGAGAGGUGUUUUAUGGAAAUUAUCAGUUUUCAUCUCCUGCGGAAAGAAUUUGCAUUGUUGGUUACAAUUUGAGAUAUAAAAUCUGUUUAAAAUUUGAGAUGGACAAACUAUUGUGGACCUUUUGAUGAUGAACAUUGGAGGAAUGCAAAGUGUAGUCCAUGUGGUUACAACUUUCAACCAAAGACAUUCAUCAAGUUAGGUCUAUAUGCACUAUCAACUUGGUGAACAUACUUCUAAGAAGGAAAAAUGGCAGAAUAAGGUGUUGACAACAUCAGUAUCCUAUACAAACUUAUCUUUUUAGUCCUUAUAAGUUGAUAGGUUCUGAAUCAAUUGUAGGUGCUGCUGGUUUCACUUCACAUAGUCCCAGAAAGCUAUGGGAAUUCUCCUAAGGCUUACCUCCCUCCCACCCCUGCUCAGCCUUCUUGGCAGCCUACACAUGCUUAUCAACAAACCCAAGGGGCCUAUUUUAUUCUCAGCCAGUAUUGCUAUUCCCCUUGUCAGCCCCAAAAGGUUGAUGAUAUGGAUAUUAGUGACAUCAAGAGCAUAUUGCUAGACUUCAAUAAGCAGUUGGAUGAUAUCAAGGGACUACAGGAGUUUGAUUUCCAACAUGAGGAGUUGGCCUAUCAAGCUUGCUAGAACUAACAAGAAAUGGAUAAAUAGAGGAAGCAAAAUGAGGAAUCUCUCGCCAGAGAAUCUGCUACAAAAGAGGAACAAACGAAACAAUUGAUUGCUCAAGUACAAAAACUAGAAGCUCAAUCAGCCUCUUACAUUCUGGACCGGCUAGCAGAGGAGGAGGAAAUCAGGCAAUUGGCAGCUAGGGAGAUGCCUCUUAUGCAAGAGGCCAAGUAAGCCCCUCAAGUCUCUAAAUUUAGAAUUCCAAGUUUCAAGCAGGGAGGCCUUCUGAAUCCUCAAGUAAGCCUCCAAAGUUAAACAUCCCUAGUUUCAGAGGCUCUCAGCCUGUUAUUCCAUAGGAGCAGUCUUCUCAAAAACCUAUUCUACCUUAGGAGACUCAAACUCCUUAUUUUCCUUUGUAAAAAAUAUAAACCUUUUUAGUUCGCUUGUCUUGAUACUAUUUCACUCUUAAAAGGUGGACCUGUUGUUUGGAGGGUUGACUAGUCUAAUGAGACAAGAAUGGAGGAGGUGCACCUCGUUGUUUGUGAGCCCUUUUGUGCCUUAGAAAAUAGAGAAUCAAAUUUGUUGCAAGAAAAGUUUGAAGAUGAUCAACUGCAGCAACAGACCAUCAGGCACAUAGGAAAUGCCAAUGAAGAAGAGGAAUCGGUCCUCUCAUUUGAUGAACUCCCUUGCUUCAUUGAUUAUGAAGAAGAGGGCAUCCCUAUGCCUACAUCUGCAGAUGCCUUGGAGCAAAAAUAAAUCACUCAAAACCUUGACGAGUUGUUGAUCCAUGAUGAUAAACAAGAGGAUGUUGAGGAGCUUGGUGGACAACAUGAGCACGUGGAUAGGUCUUAGGUUGAGGAAGAUCAUGAGGACAGUCUUGUCCUUUGAGAUGAGGAAAUUGACAUGCGUGAUCUGCUAUACAUGAUCAUAGCAGAUGUGAGAGCUUACAUUCUAAGGGAAGAAUCUUGAUGCUUCUCUAGACGAUCACAAGGACUAUUGUGGAGUGAGGAGGAUUCCUGUCAUGGAAGGAAGCAGGGUGGAGAUUGAUGAAUACCUAUUCUGGGAUGAGCUAAGAAAUUUCUUUGCAGGCCUUAACGUCAAGCUAUCAUCUCCUAAGCUAGAGAUUCAGUUUCAACAACUAGAGGAGAUUCCCAUACCAUCAGUUGAGACAUUAGAACCAGCCCCUACUGGCACAAGAGAAAGUUCAAUGUUGAUUUCUUGGACUUGGCACUUUCAAGAGGAUGCUCUAUCAAACAUUUAGCUUAGCUAGAGAUCCGCAAGUCGCCCCAGGUCAUGCUUGCUCCUAAGCAUGAAGAUGAGCAUAAAAGAGAGGAAGAUUUACUUGCCAAUUCACUCUAGGGGGCCACAUUGACAAGCAGGUGAGCUAUUUUGUUCUUAAUCUUUGAGAGGCACUCCAACAGCGUGAUGUAUGCUUAUCAAUUUUACUUUUCUGGUUGGUUGUCCAUGAACAAGAAAAGCAUCUUAAGCUGGUCAAAAAAGGUAGCUACUUUGAUAAGCCAGUCAAUGGCUUUCUUUAAAAUUAUUUCCUUGUUGGCUAGUUUAGGUUAGGUUAAGGUAACUUAGUCACUGUUUUCCAAGAAGUGCUAUUGCAUGCUUUGCAUUUUCCUUAAAAGAAUGUAUGGUUUAGUUUCUUUGUGUUUUUCUUCUAGUGUAGGCUUGCCCAUGUUAUUCUUUCCUAUUCGUUUUGAGGCAUGUCAGUUGUUGCAGUUCCCCUCAUAACUCUAUGCCCAACGGACUGAUAAGGCCCUUGGAUUCCAUGUUUAGUAGACAAACAUCCCACAAAGGUCACCAAAAUGUUGACAUUUGAUGCCAACUAGUAGAACUCUUGCAAAAUUAGGGCUUAUUAUGCAUAUUUGAUAAGGUAUUUUCUUGCCUUAGUCCAAAAACCUUAAGUUUUUUGUGGUCUGGUUGCUUUGUGUUUUAAUUUGAUGUUGACUUAUUGUUACCCAUUCCUAGUCAUUUAAGUUAUGAACGUAAGCAUUUCUAGUCAUUGUGUCACCGACCCCCUUUUUCUAGUGCAACCGUUUAUUGGUGUUUGCCCAUGUGUAUUUCAAGUUUCAACUCCUUUAAGUUAUGCCGAUAGUCCUUAGGAAGUGGUCCCUGCCUUGUCUAGGCAUCAAGUUUUGAUUGUAGCGUGUUGUAGGCUUAUUGUAGGCUCUCAGUCAAUGCUAAUGGGAAUGCUUGUGAUGAUGCAAAACUUGGACAAGUGCCCUAGGCCUACCAAUAUGCCCAGGCUUGUUCCAACAAAGGCUUCAAAUAGUCGGUCCACAUAGCAAUUUAUUGCUCACUCUAGGAUUAUCACGAGAUAUAAAAGGAUAGAACUAGCUACGAUUGUGAUGGUACAAUUAGAUGAAAUUUGUCCCUCUUGCUUAGAAGAAGUUGCCGGCUACGUGGGAUCCAUAAUGAUGACUUCUAAAGUGGUUCGCUGCUUGGCAACACCUGAUUGCUCAAUAGCUCUUAUCUAAGUCACCAGGUUCGGCCGAAUUUCAUCCUUGAAGUUCGAAAUUCGUCGAACUUCAAAAAAAAAAAAAAAAAAUUCGUUGAAAUUUGCCGAAUUUCAAAAAAAAAAAUUUUUAAUUUUUUUUUUUAAUAAAUUUUUGGCCUCCUUCUUCUGUUAAUAUUUUUUAAACACAUCUUCUUUUCUUUUAUUAAAACCCAUUAACCCGUUCUUUCUUCAGGAUAUUUAUGUCUGUUAGAACCAGAGUUCCCAGACUCGUCGCGAGUCAGGCGAGUUCGCCGAGUUGGCGAGUCGAGCCAAGCUCGGCGAGUUUUACUGACUCGCGGCUCGGACUCGGCUGCGCGAAUGGGCAAUUUCGAUUUUAAAAAACAAAAAAAAUAAAAGCUUUUUCAUUUGUUUUUUUUAACUUUCUCUUUCAUAUAACCCUAAAAGGUCUUCUAAUUGUUAGUUGUGAGAAGAAGAGAGGAAAAGUGAGAGAGAGGAAGGAAAACAAGAGGCCAUAGGUUUGCAACCAGCAAGGAAGAAGAGCAUCAAGGAGACCACAAAUCACACUGGGGAGGCCAUAGGCUUGCAUUGAGAGCAUCAAGGAGUCCAAAGCAAGACUUCUCAACUCAUUUGAAAGAGCAGCCUUCACGUUUAAAAAACAUUCAUUUUUCACAAUGCCUAAAAAGGAUGAGGCUUGGAAAUAUACUGAAGACUUCAUUGGCAGACAAAAAAAUCAAGCAAAAUGUUUUUUUUGUAAAGAAAUUAAUUUUGGUCGCAUCAAUAGAUUUAAAUACCAUAUUGCCGGCAUACCUGGCCAUGAUAUUGAGGUAUGCAAAUUACAAACUCCCGAGGCAAAACGUUUCUGUUAUGUCCAAUUAGAAACACAUGAACAAGAAAAGUUAACUAAGAAGAGGCAAUUGGAAGAGUUAAGUGCUAUUGGCUCCCAUGCACUCACAUCCGCAUCCGCAUCUGCAUCCGCAUCCGCAUCCACAUCCGUAGGCUGUGUUGGAGAGGGUUCUUCCAUGCCUCCCUUUCGCCCUAGUGCUUCUGCUAGUGCUAGUGCUUCUACUUCUACUCCUCCUAGUGGCACUAUUACCUUUGGCCCUAGAGUUCGGAAAUCUAGGUUGGAUAGUUAUUUUGUGCCGCGUAGUACUCCUGGGGCACAACCCUCGCUUGAGAGCAUGGGUUGGAACAAGGAGGUUCAUGAUGCUGCAAGAAAACAAAUUUGCAAGUUUUGGUACUUUUGCAACAUUCCAUUUAUUGCAGCCAGGUCUCCUUAUUGGCAAGGCAUGGUAGAUUCCAUAACCAUUUGUGGUGCGGGGUUUAAAGCCCCUACCGAUGCUGAGUUAAGUGGCCCCCUCUUGUUACAAAUGGUUGAGGAUAUGAAAGUUGAGCUAGAGGACCACCGACAGUCUUGGAGCCAAAAGGGUUGCACCAUCAUGACAGAUGGUUGGACGGAAUGGAGGAAUAGAACACUCCUAAAUUUUCUUGUUUCCUGCGGAGGAUCCACCAUGUUCUUGAAGUCUAUUGAUGCUUCCUCACAUGUGAAAAAUGCCACAUACUUAUGUGAGGCUAUUGAGGAAGUCAUACAAGAGGUGGGGGAAGAAAAUGUGGUGCAAGUGGUGACAGAUAAUGCAGCAAGUUAUGUUGUUGCAGGUAAACUUUUGAUGGAGAGGCACUCGAAAUUUUUUUGGUCUCCUUGUGCGGCCCAUUGCCUUGACCUCAUGUUGGAGGAUAUUGGUAAGCUUGAAUGGGUGAAAUCAAUAGUUGAAAGGGCCAAAAAUAUCAGCAAGUUUAUCUACAAUCAUGCAUUGGUCCUUACCAUUAUGAGGCGAUACACGGGGCAAAAGCAGUUGGCUCGUCCUGGUAUCACGAGGUUUGCCUCAAACUUCCUCACACUGAAAUCCUUGAUAAAAUCAAAGGCGGCUUUGAGGCGUAUGUUUGUUGGUGAGGAGUGGACUUCCUCAUCCUAUGCUACGACCACUACAGGGAUAGAUGUGUUGAAUUGCAUUUUUGAUGAGCCAGGUUUUUGGACCCCCUGUGGAGAAAUCGUGCAGGUCACUGAGCCCCUCGUAGUUCUCUUACGAGUUGUUGAUGGGGAGAAGCCCUCUAUGGGCUAUAUAUAUGAGGGUAUGGAUAGGGCCAAGGAGGCCAUUAGGUCCAUAUAUGCAGGAGAUGAGGAUAAGUAUGGCCCCAUUUGGGAGAUUAUUGAUAGGAGAUGGCAGAACCAGCUUCACAGGCCCAUCCAUGCAGCAGCCUAUUACCUCAAUCCGGCAUUUCGAUUCCGUGAUGACUUCAAGGCGGAUGAGGAGGUUCUUAGUGGCCUGUAUACAGUGGUUCAGAAGUUGUGUACUGAUGGCACAGCCUCAAGUACAACGCUCCAGCUGGAUAAAUAUAAUAAUCGAGAAGGGGCAAUCUUCACAAGCAGCAUGUGCAUAGAGGCUCGAACACAAUCGCAGCCAGAUAGAUGGUGGCAAAUGUUUGGGCCCUCAACCCCAAACCUUCAAAAAAUUGCCAUCCGUAUUUUGAGUUAGCCAUGCAGUGCUUCUGGAUGUGAGUGCAAUUGGUCCAUGUUCGAGCACAUCCACUCGAAGAGGCGUAAUAGAUUGUCUGUGGAGAGGUUGAAUGAUCUUGUUUUUGUUCAUUACAACCUCCAUCUUAGGACCAGACAGAUUUUGGACACUGACUCCUCUCCGAUCACUUUAGCGGAGAUCGAUCCAGAGUCUGAGUGGAUCACUGAGUCUACCGAUCCUGUCUUCACUAAGGAGGACCAUGAGUGGGUUGACCAGGUAGACAGAGAGGCUGAGGCUGUGGCUAUGGCAAAGGAGGAGGAUAGAGCACGAUCCGGCAUAGGCACCUCACAGGCGGAGACUAUGGCUUCUCAGUCAUCCAGGACCUACCUUAGAUGCAUUUGUAGGAGGCAGACGGACUACUCUGAGGCUGAGGAUGAGCUAGAGCCUGAGCCAUAGACUUGUUUUUGUUUAUAGUUAUAUAUAUGUUUGGGAACAUUUGAUGUCAUGGAUUUUAUAUACAUUUGACAACAUUUAUAACUCUAUAUAUCUAUGUUUUCUAUUUC